AUGGGGUCACUAGGAGAAGAACCACAAGUAACGGAAGAUUGCAUGGGUUUGCUUCAACUCCUAAACAACGGCACCGUUUUAAGAUCCCAAACCAUUGACCUUAUCACUCAACAAAUCCCACUUAAUAACCACAAAACCGUUCUCUUCAAAGACUCCAUCUUUCACAAACCYAACAAUCUCCACCUCCGUCUCUACAAACCCAUUUCCACCUCUAACCAGACCGACACCGCGACGCUCCUCCCUGUGGUGGUCUUCUUCCACGGUGGUGGCUUUUGUUUUGGCUCACGUUCUUGGCCUCUUUUUCACAACUUUUGUCUUACUCUUGCAUCUUUCCUCCAUGCUCUUGUGGUCACACCGGACUACCGGUUAGCACCCGAACACCGCCUCCCGGCCGCCUUCGAGGAUGCCGAGGCGGCGCUUACGUGGCUCCGGGACGAGGCUGUUUCCGGUGGUGUGGACCAUUGGUUUGAAGGUGGACCGGGCGUUGACUUUGACCGGGUUUUUGUCCUUGGUGAUUCCUCCGGUGGGAACAUAGCUCAUCAACUCGCUGUCCGGUUUGGGUCCGGUUCGAUCGAUUUGAGGCCGGUUCGGGUUCGUGGUUACAUUCUUUUGGGUCCGUUUUUUGGCGGGGAAGAGAGGACUAAGUCCGAGGAUGGUCCUUCUGAAGCUUCACUCAGCUUGGAUUUGCUUGACAAGUUUUGGAGAUUGUCACUACCAAAAGGCGCAACAAGAGAUCAUCCCAUGGCUAACCCUUUUGGACCGACAAGUCCAAGACUCGAACCGAUUAGCUUAGAGCCAAUGUUGGUGAUUGUUGGCGGCUCAGAACUCUUGAGAGAUAGGGCCAAAGAAUAUGCAUAUAGAAUGAAGAAGAUGGGAGGAAAGAAAGUAGACUACAUUGAAUUCGAAAACGAGGAACACGGUUUCUUCACCAAAAAUCCAUCUUCCGAGGCUUCGGAACAACUUCUUCGUAACAUUGGAGACUUUAUGGACAAUUUCUCUACUACAUUUUAG